AUGUUCUCGUCAUUCACGUCCUUCUCGCUCCCUCGCUUCGGGUUCGGCCGGGGCUCCGGCUCCGGAUCUUCUACCGCCAUUGACAUCCCCGCCGUCGAGGUGCACAACAUCGAGACCUCAACGGACAAGCGAGACCGGACACUCAAGCACCUCCUUAAACUAAUCCACACGAACUUUUCGAUCCUGUACAAUCGGUUGAGGUUCCAUAAUCAUACGCCCCAUCUCCUCGGCUCGGCCUACCUCCUCGGCAGUCCGCCCGAGCACCUGAACGACAUCUACGAAGAUGCAGCCAGAAACGAAGGCCACGAACCGUGGGUCGACUCCCCCUCCGAGAUCGCUCUGCACGACUACCGCGAUUUCCUCGGCCGGCGCGAAUACCAGCGCGCGUGGGUCGACUUCUUCGAAGACCAGCUCGUGCUGCACGGGUACGAGUGGAAGAUGGUCGUCGCGAAAUUUGUCUUCGAGCGCGGACCCAAGGGCAGUGCGAACGAGGAGCCCAUGUUCUCUUGCUUGACCGCCGGGUUGGCCCACCCGCUGAUCCACCUCGGGUAUGCGUACGAGUUGAAUUCGCGCGAGGUGGCGAUGGAGGCCCUGGGGUUGGCGGCGACGUGCUACGACGCGCGGCUGGCGGGGUUGCUUGAAAGCGGGAUGGAACCCGCCGCCAACCCGAGGCCGGCCGCGUAUUCCACGGGGAGUCUGCUCGAGGUGUUUGCGCGCGUUAACGGUGAUGGAAGACUAGAUGGCGUGUUCGACCACUACGGGGGCGACAAUCUGAGUAAAUUGCUGGGUGAUGCGACGUUGACGUCGAUCCUCAUGGAACAUUGGUCAGCGUGGAAGAUCAGCGACCCGACCAAGGAUUUCGCGCAGAGCCAGGCGUUGGCCGCCGCGUUGUUGGUGUCGAGUGCGCCGAGCGUCGGCGGCCAUGGCUGGGAUUUCUUCCUCGUGCACCUCCUCACGAGCAGCCACGCCGUCAGGAUCCUGAUCCCGUUCCUGGACGCACAGUAUCACGUGCAGCUGGUCCGGGAGUGGUUGCUGAUCGCCCUGGCCAUCUAUAUCGCCCAGCUCCGGCCGCUGAUCAAGACGUCUCACAUUACGGAUGUCGACCUUGCAGGCCGGGGCUGGGUCUUUGUCUCAAAGCAGGCGGUGGAAGGACCAUACAAGUUCGAUGCCCACUUCGUCAAGGCGUGUCGCGCACUGUACGAGGCGGAUAAAGUGUGGGGUGAGUCUGGGCCGGACGGAGAAGACAAGUACUGGUUGAAAGCGGCGGUCAAGUUCGCCGGCGAGUUUGCUGGAUGGGGUGGCUUUGGCGAAGAGGAUGAACAGGCUGAGGAGGAGCUGAGGACGGAUAGGGCAGAGAGACAGAAGGCUUGA